AACAUCGAAUCCGACGAUGAAUCCGACAUCGAGGUCGACGAUACCAAGGAGAUGCACAUCGAGGAGGCGCUCAAGCUCUACCAAAACGCACUGAAGCACCACGCCGACGGGCCCGGCUCAUUCGACCUGGCCGCCGAGGCCUACCAGCAGCUGUUCCAGUCGGACAUCUUCGCGUGGCCCGAGUCGCAAACCGAACUUCGCCGCAUCGAGCUCUACGGACCCGCGGCCGAGUAUGAGGGCGGCUUCCAUGCCCGCAGCGCGGUCGCAUCCGGUGGCGCUGGCGUGGAAGGCCCCAGCACGCUUCCUCAGAUCCUGCACCUGUCGCACAAGAACUACGCCCACUUCACGCUCGAGGCCCUCGCGGCCCAGUUCGACACCGUCCAUGUCACGCUCAAGCAGAUCGUGGCCGACGCGACGCACGCGCUGAACCACUUGGUGCACGCGCUCGACAAAGAUGACACCGACCUGGAUCUGUGGCGCCGCACCGCUGCCGUGGGAGAAAUGCUGGACAGCAAGCGCGUCGCUCGCUAUUGCCUGGAGUCGGUGCUUGAUGGAGACGACCAAGGCUUGAGCCAUGUCCUGUCGCUCCCCGGGCUGGACGAAGGCUUCGCGGGCGAGCAGCUUCGAGAAUUGGUACUGCAGCUGCACGAUCAACUAUCCUGCCUUCAAGCACCUCUGACCACUGCCAACCGAAGAACGCUGUCGAAGGUGCUGAAACAGAAACUGCAUCACUACCACCAUCUGUUGAAGCAAGAAGCAGUCGUGAGGGAGCAUGCAGGUCCACGAGAGUCUCCACCUCCAGAGCGCAUAGUGCUCAAGCCACCCUCCACUUGGGCAGACCUGGGCGAGGUUCUCCUUCGACAGCGAACCUCGGAACAGAAUGGCACCACUACGCUGCUCGCCGCGCCCGCAAUCUUCUUCGAUAUGAACAGCGCUGAUUUCGCCGAACCAAAGAUCACACAGAGGCCACCAAGUCCAAAAGUCAUUCUUCCACGAAUCAUCAUCCCAAAGUGGCAGGUCACCUUUCCGACGUCCUUGUCGCAACAGUUUCCAGGCUUAGAUGGCGGCAAGCCCACUGUUCAGCCACGGAUCUCAGCAGCCGAUCCAAGCAUGCAGGUGCCCGAGUCGCCAGUCGACGACGAAGAAGAUAUCGACAUGGAUGAGUCGCCCAAACUGAUUACCUUGCCUUCUCGCAAGCGAUCGGGCGAUGCAGCUGGACUGGGAGACAACGCCGAGGAGGGCCGAAGCAAGAGCAAACGCCUACGUGCUCGAGACUCUACUGCUGAUGCCGCCGCCGACCGUCAGGCAAUCAUAGAUGCGAAUACUCGCUGGGAGUACGAGCAGCAGCUGCAUGAAUUUCAGGCCGCUGAUGACUGGAUGUUCGAGACUGUUGGUAACCUUUUCGAGAGAGUCGGCAUCAUUGGUUUCGAUGCUCCUCGCAACGUGCGACAAGAAAUGCAAUGCUCAUCCUCGGAUGGAAGCACACCGUCUGGGCAUCCUGUGUCUUCUUCCCAGACUCUUCGGCAGACACGCUCUGACUUGCAGGCAUUUUUGGACAAGUGGGACGAUCAGUUGUCUCAUUUCCUACUGUCACGCACCGAGAACCUCGAGCUUGGGCCGACCUCAGGUUCUGCAACUUCGGGUGUCGGCAUGAGUGGCGCCGGUCCUUCCAAAGCAGUGUACAAGGCCUCACCUAUGCCCAAUGAUGCACUGGGCGAGUUCCUAGAGAUGAUCAACAGCCGGUGGACAUUGACGUCCCAAGCAGUAUGGAAGUUCGUCGAACAUCUGUUACGACCAGGACUGGGCGAAGACGCCAGCAGCUACACGCAAUACCAAUGGCCGGAUGCCCUCAAGACCAUGGUCGUUCGACUACUCGUCCAGUUUGAUGAGACCGUCUUUGAGGAGGCGAGUACGGAGCUCGAGACAUCCAGACAUGCAGACUGUGAGGAUAUGCCAAGCUCGUCUCUGUGUGGCCUGGCAACUCUGGCGCAGACUGUAUUCGAGCUGCAUCUCGACGUCUACUGUCUGAUCAAAGAGCCCAAUAGCGGUGUCGACAAAGACACUAUCAUUGCCCAGAGUGAUCGAUUGCUGCGAUGGUCCGAGCUCGCUCGGGAGUCGAUGCAGCUUCACACGAAGACCUCCGGCAUACUCAAGCCCGAAGAUCCCCUUAGCCUCCGGUUCUUUUGGGCAACUACCUUUCAGCUCAACGCUUCUUCAGACGUCAAACAAGACCAUGUCCUAGAGUGUAUGGACGACUUGCGAACGCUCUUCGUUAAGGCUGGCGAGCCGACCAUAAAUUUACAAAACAAUGCCAUUAUGCCGGAAUUGUCCCUUGCAGCUCUUGAUCGGGAGAUGUCUAAGCUUACUACGAAGGACUUCUUUUGGAAGGUCACCAAUCAGGACCUCUCCGACCCAGCGGCGGUCAUUGAGAGUCUAGAGCCCUUGUUAGAGACACUAGACACUGCCAAGAAUGGCUCGGACGAGAUUGUCGCCAACGAAGCAGACCGGCCUGGGGACACAAAUGUUGCGCCUGAGCUUGUGCGAUUUCUUGAAGCGAGUCCCAUCUCGAUUCGGUUGAUGCUCUGGCAGCGGCUCCGGAAUGCCUACCAGCGUAUCGAAUAUGCACCAAUGGUACUAUGCUGUUAUCUGCGAAUGAUUGGCAUAGUACUGGAAGAGCUGAAAUCGCCGAAUGUGGCUUCUUUGGAGCCGCGUGAAAGACAUGCGUGCACCUUGAAGAGCCUCGGGCUCGUUCUGAAUUUGGUCAGACUCAUGUACGAGACUGCAAAUCAGAACAAAGAUGCGUUCGAGUGCAUUGACGACGCUUACCUCAAAUUUGCAGUGAACAACUUUGCUGAGAUCCUGCAACUUUUGCAAGUCUUCAACGUGGCCGAAGAUUCAUUGCGCGUGGGACAGUCGCAGCCUCCAACCAUGACCAAUGGUUUGCCAGUCGCCUCAUUCAAGAAUGUGAUGACAUUGACCCACGAGUCACAGGUCAGGAUCUGGAUUUUGCUCUACUCUCUGCUCAAAGAGGCGAUCAAGCAGAAUGGAGAACUGUAUCCAACACCGACAGAGGACCGCUUCGACUUCCUGCGCACCGUCCAUCGCAACUUGGGAAUACGUGGCUUCUGCUCCUGCGAGAAUCGUGCAUUCGUUCGUAUGCUCAAGGACGAAUUCUUCAAGAUGCAGAACGUGGAUGGCUUCGACAGCGAGCAAGCACAAGUUCUCUAUGACCUGUACGGCUUGAACUGCUUCCUGAAUCCCUCAUACGAGCUGAUCGAGCACCACUGCACUAAGGAUGCUUUUCUCGAUCGCGGUGUGGCUUUGCAGGCUGUCGACCUCUUGCUGGCUCAGGCCAGCAAAUUGCCAAUCAAGGAGCUCGUCAAACAUCCUUUGAAAGAUACCAUCGACAAGCUUCAUGGUGCCCUUGCCAGAAAGAAGCCAACCGAAGCCGUUCUCCGCAACAGGGAGAGCUAUCGAGCUUUCCUCAAAUCUGCCGUCAAUCCGCUUGAGCUCUUUGGAUGUCUGAAGGGCGAAGGCAGCCAGCUGGCAGUCACGGCGAUCCCCGACGGAGAUGCCUUACUUGCCUCCAAGGGCUGGUACUUCUUGAUGGGACACAUCGCCUUAACAAAGUUCCGGUCGCAGAAACGGACAGCACCCACACCUCUCGACGACAUCGACAUCGCUAUUGCGCUCUUCAACCAGGAUCUCGAAGUGAGGAUGGAGCACUGGGAAACAUGGUUUCGACUUGGACAAGCAUACGAUACCAAGAUUGAGGAGACUGUCGUUUGGUCUGCUGAAAAGCUGAAUAGCAACAUGGGCGAUAUUGUCACCCUUCAACGAAAUGCCAUCCACUGCUACACGAUGGCGACGGCACUCGCACAGCGCUCAGCCGACUUACAAUUCGAGACUUCGAGCAAGAUGACCGAACUGUACCAUGAUUUUGCGCUUCGCCUGUACAGUUCUUCGCGAGCUCCAUUCGACAUGAAGCCGUUUGAUGUUGAAGAUCUCGAGAUAUUCGUAAGCAGGAACUAUGGCAUCCACAAGCAGCGGCCAUUCGAACCUUUGCAGGAGUACACGGUCUGGAAGUUGGCGAAUGUUCUAUUCAAGCGCGCCUUGCCCGGUCGACCUGAUCAAUGGCAGCUCCACUACAUGAUUGGUAAGUGUAUGUGGAAGAUGCAUUCCGCGAACAACGAAAGCAGACGACACGAUACCUCACCAUCUGGCGAACAGGUCCUUCAGGCCUUUGUGCGUGCAUUGGAGCUGCUCCCGGACAAGGACAAGAAGGAGAGCAAAGACUCCAAGAAGGAGCCUCUUCUGGAGCCUCACUACAAGCUUGUCAGCAUCAUCCACAAGCUGUUCGUUCGUGGCAGUAUCAGCUUGGAGCAAGCCAAGGAAGCAAUCCAUCACACGCACUACUCGCGGCGUGAAGAUUUCCCAGACGGUAGGCAUGAUUGGGUCCCUUUCAUUCUUGCUGUUCUCAAGAAGCUUCGGGCAGCAGACAAGUCCAAUUGGUACCACCGCGUGAUUGCUCGCUACGCGCAAAUUGUGUAUGACCGCAAAGAGCUUGGUAUGGAAGAUGCGGGUCAGGAAAGUGCGGCCCUCGCGGCCAAAGAGCAAUUGACUCAGCAAAUGUUUACGAAGACGAUGGUGCUGCAAGUGUGGAGACCGGAAAAUGAACGAGCUGGACGACAUUUCGUAUACACAGCUCGCUACACUCUGUUCUUCGCUAAGAUCCUGGAGCAAUUGAGGGACCGGAAGGAUCUUGAAGCACUCGCGCGUAGAGUGCGGCGAAGACCUCACGAUGUUUUUCAACAUGGUCAGGUGUGGGCCGAGCUAUGCAACGCUUAUCUUCGCCUGUUGCGAUCUCAUGCAAGUCUUCAAGAGGGCUUGGAAACCUCUACGUUCAGUAAUAUUGCGUAUGAGGAAUUCCAAGCUAGGAAGGAGCCGUUGGAGAUGUGGAUGCAAAAGCAAGAGAAUGGUGUCUCUCCUGCUCUCGACGUGCUGCGAGAAGUGCAAGAGCUAAAGAAAGUCAAUCAGUCGCUGAUGAAGCCUGGUGCCAUUGAUGACUUGAUUGGCGACGCAUACGCCCAUCUGUUCCAGACCGUCGGCAAGCAACUGCAAGACGAGGAGAGGCGAAUUAAGCAGGAAGAAGAGGCAAGCCGUCCGCCACCUCCACCUGUGCACGAACCACACACUGCCAGUCCUUCACAUGCGAAGAUGGGCAUCAUGAGCAUUAUGAAUCUCGAUGGUGCUGCCGACUCCCUUCCCGCUGCCCAGCCGCCUCCUCCAACAGUUCCUUCCGCAUCCAAAGAACCGGAACCAGCGCCCGUGCGACGCAAGAUGGGAGUCGGUCGUCGCGAAAUCAGGACUUGUGCCGAAGGAUGCUACCAGAAGAGCAAGCCUCCCGGGCACGGACACACGCCAGUCUUGCCAUCGAAUGCUCCCCCGCUCAAGAGCACCGUCGUGCAAAGCAUCAUUGAUCGUGAACGACAAGCUGAUUCUGGUGGCCCUUCUGCGGAGACCAGUGCACCAGGCAGCAUCCAUGACAGUGCGGAUGACGAGAGCGAGUUGAGCGAAUUGGAGGAAGAGAGUAGCCCGGAGCGACGGAGGCGGCCAGUGGGUCCGAAAUUCCCUCUUUCUCCCAGACAUGGUGCACGAGCUCAGAUCAGACGCGAGGAAGAUGACGAUGAUGGCGAUGAUGAAGGUGAGGGCGAGGGCGAGGUUGAAGUUGAAGGAGAAGAAGUCGAAGGCGAGGAGGAAGAUGAGGCGGGUGAUGAUAUUGACAUGCAGGAUGGAGAAUCAUCAGCUGAGCUGACGAGAGAGCUGACUGCUGCUGCAAGAGGCAUGGAUGGGGGAAAGGAUUAAUUGAUGUUGUUGUUGUAAGUUGAUGCAAAGCACUCUCAUAUUCCUGUACCAUACAAUGAUGUACAAACCAGUUCCGAAAGAGCGAUGCGACAUUC